AUGCAGGGGGUCGUGGCGUCCUCCCGCGAGUCAGGCUCUGCAGAUGCCUCUGGGCAGCUUCCCACUGCCACCACCGCCUCCACUGCCUACGAUCUCCGAGAGAAGAACCUGGGCAGGCUGCACCGUGCAGCUGCCCAGGGCGACUUGGCCUGGCUGAGGCGGUGGCGCUGGUGGCUGAAGAGAGUCGGCACUGACAAGCGAGACAAGCAGAAGCGGACUCCCCUGCAUCUCGCUUGUGCGAACGGCCAUGUGGAUGUCGUCAAAUAUCUAGUGCAAAAGAACUGCCAGCUGAACCUUGUUGACCGUUUGAAGAGGUCGCCGCUGAUGACGGCAGUAGAGUGCCGGCAAGAGAAAUGUGUGGCUAUACUGCUGGAGCAUGGUGCUGACCCGAAUCUGGCUGAUGCUGAUGGCAACACUGCCCUUCACCUGGCUGUCCUGUCUACUAAUACAACUGUAGCAGGGCUCUUACUCGAGCAUAAUGCCGAUAUUGAUGCUCAGAACAAGGAUGGUCAUACCCCCUUUCAUCUUGCUGUCUCCAGACAUCAGGAGGAGAUGGUAGAGUUUCUUCAGAAAAAAGGAGCUGACAGGCAUGCUCAAGAUCAGCAGGAAAGUACGAAGACACAACAGGAUGGAGCUAUGAGCAAUGGAAGGGUAUAUGAAGAGAGAAAGAUGGAGUCCAAGACCAUUUCAGAGGAUAUAAGUAAAACCAGCUGCUCUGAAACAGACAGUGAAGGCGGUGGGUUAAGAAGAAAGGUGACCGACAUUUUCCAGAAGUUGGAGAAAGAGUCUAAAAACUGCACACAGAUAGAAGCACAAAAUCGCGAUUUGCAAGAACAGUCGUCCAUCGUGUGUCUGAAAAGUGAAAUACUGGAGGAGAGUGAAUGCCAGCUGAAAGAAGAGGUGGCUAUGCGCAAGCAUCUUAUCGACACUAACAUGGUGGAUCGCAGGCAGGUGGAGCAGUACAAAAGAGAGGUCGGUGACCUUUCCCAGAAGCUGGAGAAAAAGUGUAAAAAAUGCACACUGAUAGAAGCACAAAAUCGCGAUUUGCAAGAAGAGUUGUCCGACGUGCUUCUGAAAUGUAAAAUACUGGAGAAGACUGAACGCCAGCUGGCAAGGGAGGUGGUUGACCUCAAAGGUCUUUUGGAGAAAAACACGGUGGAUCACAGCCGGAUGGAGCAGUACAAAAGAGAGAUGGAUGACCUUUCCCAGAAGUUGGAGAAAGAGUAUAAAAAAUACACACAGAUAGAAGCAGAAAAUCGCGAUUUGCAAGAAAAGUUGUCCACCGUGUGUCUGAAACUUGAAAUACUGGAGGAGAGUGAAUGCCAGCUGAAAGAAGAUGUGGCUAUGCUCAAGCAAGAUAUCGACACUAACUUGGUGGAUCGCAGCCAGGUGGAGCAGUACAAAAGAGAGGUGGAUGACCUUUCCCAGAAGCUGAAGAAAGAGUCUAAAAAAUGCACAGAGAUAGAAGCACAAAAUCGCGAUUUGCAAGAACAGUUGUCCAACUUGCUUCUGAAAUGUAAAAUACUGGAGGAGAGUGAAUGCCAGCUGAAAGGAGACGUGGCUAUGCGCAAGCAUCAUAUCGACACUAACAUGGUGGAUCGCAGCCAGAUGGAGCAGUACAAAAGAGAGGUGGAUGACCUUUCCCAGAAGCUGAAGAGAAAGUCUAAAAAAUGCACACAGAUAGAAGCACAAAAUCGCGAUUUGCAAGAACAGUUGUCCGCCAUGUGUCUGAAACAUAAAAUACUGGAGGAGAGUGAAUGCCAGCUGAAAGAAGAGGUGGCUAUGCUCAAACAUCAUAUCGACACUAACUUGGUGGAUCGCAGGCAGGUGGAGCAGUACAAAAAAGAGGUGGAUGACCUUUCCCAGAAGUUGGAGAAAGAGUCUAAAAAAUGCACACUGAUAGAAGCACAAAAUCGCGAUUUGCAAGAACAGUUGUCCACCAUGUGUCUGAAAGGUGAAAUACUGGAGGGGAGUGAACGCCAGCUGGUAAAUAAGGUGGUUGAACUCAAAUAUCUUUUGGAGAAAAACAUGGUGGAUCGCAGCCAGAUGGAGCAGUACAAAAGAGAGGUCGGUGACCUUUCCCAGAAGCUGGAGAAAGAGUCUAAAAAAUGCACACUGAUAGAAGCACAAGAUCGCGAUUUGCAAGAAAAGUUGUCCGCCAUGUGUCUGAAAUGUGAAAUGCUGGAGGAGAGUGAAUGCCAGCUGAAAGAAGAGGUGGCUAUGCUCAAACAUCGUAUCGACACUAACUUGGUGGAUCGCAGCCAGAUGGAGCAGUACAAAAGAGAGGUGGAUGUCCUUUCCCAGAAGCUGAAGAAAGAGUCUAUAAAAUGCACACUGAUAGAAGCACAAGAUCGCGAUUUGCAAGAAAAGUUGUCCGCCAUGUGUCUGAAAUGUGAAAUGCUGGAGGAGAGUGAAUGCCAGCUGAAAGAAGAGGUGGCUAUGCUCAAAGAUUGUAUCGACACUAACUUGGUGGAUUGCAGCCAGGUGGAGCAGUACAAAAGAGAGGUGGAUGACCUUUCCCAGAAGCUGAAGAAAAAGUCUAAGAAAUGCACACUGAUAGAAGCACAAAAUCGCGAUUUGCAAGAACAGUUGUCCACCGUGUGUCUGAAACGUGAAAUACUGGAGAAGAGUGAACGCCAGCUGAAAGGAGACGUGGCUAUGCUCAAGCAUCAUAUCGACACUAACAUGGUGGAUCGCAGCCAGAUGGAGCAGUACAAAAGAGAGGUAGAGGAACGAGCCAUACAGGAAUUAAGUCGAAAAUUAGAAGAAGGCAAUCUUGUUUUGCAGGGUUCUGCCUUGAUGGCUGAUGAUAGUGAGGAGGCAUGCUUGCCUCAAAUGGCAACAGCUGCUAGGACCGUUGUGACUGCCAUUUUAGAACUGCUGCAUUUUGUCACAGAGUUUGAGUUCUUUGGACCUUGCUGGUGUGGAGAUGAGAGCUGUAUUUUUGAAGAGGCCUUCAGGCUUUCUUCCUGGGCAGUCUGUUAA